ACCAUCCUCAGAAUAUCCAGACAAGUUUAAGGAGAAAGGAGGUGGGAGAUAUAUCUUUGCCAAAAAGAUAUUUUUGGCACCCAAAGGAUCUAAGAGUUUUUCUGUAGUUGCGAGAAGGUAAACUUUUAAAGUUCUCAAGAAAACAGAAACUUCGUUCCGUAUACAUUGCUGAAAACGUUAAAGUGAAUAAGUUAUUCUGACUGAACUGAUUUAACUGAAAUAAUUUAUGGUUUAUCAUGAUUAUUUUGCUUUGAAGAUAUAUUUGACUAUUGUUUCAGCUUGAAGCAUUAUCUUCAUUGAAUCUUUGUUUGUGAACUCACUAAUUUUAUAAAGAUAGAACAUGAAUACUCAAGAAGAAGUUCUAUUGUUCGUUAAAGCUGGAGAUGAUGGAAAACGUUAUGGCGGAUGUCCAUUUUGCCAGAGGGUAUUUAUGAUUCUUCUAAUCAAAUCAUCAAGAGACCAACUUCAAUUCAAAGUGGCAACUGUCAAUUUCGCCAAACCACCUGAAGUAUUCAAAAAAUUAACUCUUCGUCGAGUACCGGCUCUAGUACAUUCUGAUACAGCCAUCGAUAAUGUGGAUGAAAUUAUACAGUAUUUGGAUGAUACAUUUCCGACUAACUCAUUAACCUACGACGAUGUUGAUGCAGACAAAUCAUGUUUGGACGUGUUCCAAAAGUUUUGCUAUUAUGUUAAGGAUGUUUCCAAAGACUCUACGCAAUUGGAGACCGAAUUGUCCAAAAUUGAUGACCUUUUACGAUCCAAGACUACUAGAUUUAUAUGCGCUGACCAUAUAACCCAUUUGGAUUGUGAACUAAUACCCAAACUGCACCAAAUUCGAAUAGCCGCUAAACAUUUUAAGAAAUUUGAUAUCUCUCCGAAACUUGUAAACUUGUGGGCAUACCUUAACCGGGCUUAUAAUGACGAUGUUUUUAAGCAAGCUUGUCCAUCCGAUCAAGAAAUAAUUUUGCACUGGGCCGAAAAACCCGAAACACCAAAUUUAACUAUGGAAGAAAAAGCUAGAAUAUCUAGAGAGGAACCUAGAUUUUCUUUUGACAUUCCAGCCAAUUCUAGAAAGUGAAAUACAUGAAGGAAUAAACUGAAUUUAAAAGUGUGCAAUGUUUUAUGUUAUACAUAGAAAGGUUAGUAUUCAAGGAACAAAUUUUUGUGAAAUAAUGCAUUAAGUUUAAAAAUAUGCAGGGACUGUAAGUUCAUUAAAUCAUGUAAAACGUAAAUACAUAUUAAGCAAUAUUUUUUGUGUGCUUUUAAUAUGUUACAAAGUGUUUUUAAUUUUUGCUUUGUUUUGCUAUUUCCAAAGUAAUAGUUUAUUAGUUAAUAAUUCUUUCUAAGCUUAAUCAACAGUAAAAAUAUAAUGAAGAAUCUGCA